CAGUCGCGGGCACACAGUCCAAGCUCCCACCACCGCUUCCGCCUCCGCCUCCGCCGGCGCCGGCGACGAUGCCUCGCAAGGCCUCCUCCUCCUCAGAUGCGAAGCUCAAGUGGCGCAAGCGGAAGCGCUCCCAGGACCCCUCCCCGUCCAAGCCCGACCACUCCGACGACUCCGACUCCGCGCCGGAAGACGACGCGCCCCACGCCUCCGCCAACGGGGCCGAAACCCUAGAUGACGACGACCUCCGCGACGCGGAGGUGCUCUCCGCGGCCGAGCCCAUUUCCAGCUUCCCCGUGGCCGCCCGCCGCACCAUCACCCGGGUCCACCCGUCCGUGCUCGCAGCCGUGGCCGCCGACCGUGCCGUGUCUGCUGGCGACACCACCGCCCCGGCUGCCCCCGCGCUCGAGAACAUCUCGCACGGCCAGCUGCAGGUGCUCGCGGCCAUGCUCCCGGACCACCCGUCCCUCUCCAACGACCCCGACAGGCCGUCCUCCUACGUCUGCACCGUGCCUCCGCUCAUGGAAGGCCAGGGCGUGCCCAAGCAGUUCUACGGCAAGCUGCUCCUCGUGCCCCGACACGCAGAUUGGUUCUCGCCGGCAACGGUGCACAGGCUGGAGAGGCAGGUGGUGCCGCACUUCUUCUCGGGGAAGUCCCCGGGGAACACGCCGGAGAAGUACAUCAUGCUGAGGAACAAGGUGAUUGUCAAGUACCUGGAGCGGCCCGCCAGGAGGCUCGCGUUUGCCGAGUGCCAGGGGCUCGUCACCAACACGACUGAACUGUACGACCUGAGUAGGAUCGUCAGGUUCCUGGACACGUGGGGGAUCAUUAACUACCUCGCCGCUGGGUCUGUGCACCGGGGCUUGAGAUUGGCAACGUCGUUAGUCAGGGAGGAGCAGACAGGGGAGCUGCAGCUGCAAUCCGCGCCGUUGAAAUCGAUUGAUGGCUUGGUUUUGUUUGAUCGCCCAAAGUGCAGUGUCCGGGCGGAGGAUAUCGCGUCGGUGGCCUCGACUUCCUCUGCUCUGGAGGUGCCAAAUGGUGAUACUGGUCUUGCAGACUUGGAUGAAAAGAUUUGGGAGCGCCUGUCCGAGAGUUUUUGUAGUUAUUGCUUACAACCUUUGCCCAGCUUACACUAUGAGUCACAAAAGGAGGCAGACAUUGCGCUUUGCUCGGAUUGUUUCCACGAUGCAAGAUUUGUUCCUGGCCACUCAAGCUUAGAUUUUCAGAGAGUGGAUGGAACGAAAGAUGGAUUAGACAAUGACGGGGACAGCUGGACUGAUGAUGAAACUCUACUGUUGCUAGAGGGCGUAGAGAAGUACAAUGAUAACUGGAAUGGUAUUGCUGACCAUGUCGGAACAAAGUCAAAGGCGCAAUGUAUUCACCAUUUUAUUCGUCUUCCAGUGGAAGAUGGCUUGUUAGAGAGCAUGGAAGUGCCAGAAGCAUCUGUUUCAUCUAGAGUACAAAGCAAUGGAUUUUCGCAUUCAAAUUCCAACGGCAGCAUUUCAGGAAGCUUUCCCCAAAGUAGCCAACCUGGACAGCAGCUUCCAUUCGUUAAUUCCGCUAAUCCAGUAAUGUCUCUGGUUGCAUUCUUGGCCUCUGCAGUAGGACCAAGAAUAGCAGCAUCCUGUGCAAAUGCUGCUUUAUCUGUUUUGACGAGAGAUGAUUCCAGGAUGUGUCCAGAAGGCAAUGAUGCUAUGGGUCAAGCUGCUCGUCCAAACUAUGAUGCCUCAUCUGUCUCUCCUGAAAACGUCAAAUAUGCUGCAAUGUGUGGCUUGUCAGCAGCGGCAACAAAGUGCAAACUUUUUGCAGAUCAGGAGGAGCGUGAAAUUCAGAGACUGGCGGCCACCAUCAUAAACCACCAGUUGAAGAGAUUGGAGUUGAAGUUGAAGCAAUUUGCAGAGGUCGAGACCCUGCUUUUGAAGGAAAGUGAGCAGGUUGAGAGGGGAAGGCAGAAUCUUAAUGCUCAGCGUACCCGGGUGAUGUCAGCUCGGUUUGGUUCCAGUGGAGGCCCAAUGCCCGGAGGCAGCAGCACCAUGGCCUCAAAUCCAAUGAAUCAAGCCAACCCUCGACCACCAGCAAUGCAAGGAGCAAUGCCUCCGGCCAACAUGCAAGCGUAUUACGCCAAUAACAUGCAGGGACAUCCAGCCCAGCUUGCUUUCUUGCAGCAGCAGCAGCAGCCAGCACAGCAUAUGCUCUCAUUUGGGCCUCGCCUGCCACUCUCGGCUAUCCACCCAGGCUCAACGUCAGCACCAAGCGUCAUGUUCAAUCCUGGCACGCCCAAUUCGGCCACCCAAAGCCAUCAUCAUCCAAUGCUGAGACCGCCCACUGGGAAUAAUUCUAGUUUUGGUUAAGGAGAGAUUCUUGUCCCGCGUCCUAGUUAUCUGUGUUUGUAGCUCCGAUUUGUGGUCGCUGACUAUUGUAAUUCAAUUGCACAAUCACAGGUAGAUGGAUUUUAGUCGUUAGGUUUUCCAUUUUAGUUCUCUUUGUUCCGGAAUCUCUCGGAUAAGCUCCAUAUUUAAUAGGUAAAAGGUUGUGUUAUAGAGAAGUGGGAGUUCCACCCUGACGCAACUAACUGCUGCUCCCAACUGAUGCUACAAAGUGACUGGAAAGUGAAAUGAUUUGUAUUCGUUC